UGAAGGCAAAGUCACCAAUUUCCCCUAUAUCCCCGGUUCGAGUCUGCGCAGUAGAGGCGGAUUAGAGCAGGAAUGACCUGUCGUUUCACUGAGAUGUAGAGCAAUUUUCAAUCUUUGUUAAAUUUCUCUUGCAGCACUUCCGCAUAGAAAACCAUGGCUGGUUCUCAAGAAGACCAGAAAUUCUGCUUACAGGAGGUGCUCGAUACUUUCAAGUUGUGUUUGUCGGAGAAAAAAGACGUCUAUCUUGAACACUACGUCGCUGGGUGGCGAGGUCUUGUUAAGUUUCUGAACAGCUUGGGCAGUGUGUUUGGCUUCAUUUCCAAGGAUGCUGUCAACAAGAUCAAUAUCCUGGUCACUUACCUGCACGGUGAGAACGGGUCUCAGUAUGUCACUGUCCAGUCAAUGGUGAAAUAUGAGCUGGACAAUGAACUAGUGGACCUGACCAAGAGAGGCAGUCAUCCAGAGUCCGGCUGCCGUACCUUGCUGAGGCUCCACCGGGCACUGAGGUGGCUGGAGCUCUUCCUGGAGCGCCUCCGCACCAGCAGCGAGGACAGCAAGACUUCGGUCAUGUGUUCAGAGGCCUACAAUGAGUCUCUCUCCCAGCACCACCCUUGGGUGGUCCGCAAAGCAGCGGGCAUGGCCUUCUGCGUGCUCCCAGGGCGCCCCGCUUUCUUAGAAGUGAUGAAUGUGGGCCCCCCCGAGCAGGUGGUGGCCAUGCUAGGGGAAGCUGUGCCUCUCAUCUCUGAGGUGUACCAGAUCACUGAAGAACUUUACGCUCAACAAAACCUGCUUGACUUACCAUAGAGGGACACAUUUGCUAUUAUAUGCCACUUCAUAUGUUACACUAUUAAAUAUGAAGGGCUGUCAUGGUGGCUGCUACUCCUGUUUGGUGAUUAAAGGGUUAUUAAUUAAGCAAAAUUCCACUGACACUAUCUAGUACAGUAUUACAAUUUUUCAUAUAUAUAAGUACUGUUAAUUAUUAUAUAUGUGUGUAUAAUGGACUUUGUUUUUAUUCAACUUUUUCGAGAUGUAUUCAUUUGGAUUAAAGUAGAUGAAGGGGAACAGUUGGGCCCAGAAGUCUUUGCUCACUGCCAGUAGCUGUUUGUUUAAAUUAUUACUGCAACUAUUUUGACAAUCGAUUAAUCAUUCAAGUAAUUUUUCACAAACAGAAACACUAAAUAUUUGAUGGUUUCAGGUUCUAGAAUGUGCUGCUCUUCUUGGUCUUACGCCAUAGUGAAUUGAAUAUUUUUUUGUUUUUUGACAGAUUUGGAUAUCAGCAAAUUGAUCAUGAAAACAAUUGUUAGUCACAGUUCUAUUUAGAACUGUUCCCAAUCAUGAUUGUAUGCAUUACAGAAAUGCUUGUAUGAAAUAAUAGUGUAAUAAUAGGGCCAUUAGGUUAAAUCUUUGAUGUUCUCAUACUAUAUUUCAUUCAAGUAUUGACAGAUUUAUCUAAUACUAGAUUAUCUGAUAUUGGAUGAUACCAGAUAUUGCAUAAAUUACCUUAAUCUUGUAAAAAAAAAAAUUAAUACAGAUAGAAGACCACCAGCAAUCUGCAGCCAGAGUAGCAGUUUCCAAACCAAUUAUUUAGUUAGCAGAAAGGUCUAAACAUGGCAACAGUAUGACAUUCAUCGUAAAGAUUCAAAACAAGGCUAACAUUACGAGACAGAUGGUGGUGGAACAAUGUGGAUGCUUAAAUUUAAAAAAAAUAUAUAACAAAUGGCAAAACAUCUUACCAAUAAAUCAAACAGAAUUUAUAAACUGUAGCUUUAAGAAAAGAAAUGUCACUUGGUUGAUGAUUGUGAAUAUUUGUGUUAUGUUAGAGUUGAGGAUUGAUUAUUGAUUACCUGUUGUCUUAAGUAAAGUAAAUGAGGACAUACUGUAGGUUAA